UCCCGGGGGGGGGGGGGAACAGGGGGAGGGUCACAAUUUCUUGAUUUCAGUAUUCGUUUUUACCGUUCCACCCUUCACUUCUGUCUCCAGCCCCGCACCCCUCUCGUAUCGCAACGGGCGCUUGGGCUGCGCCACCUGCCGUGUAGACCCGUCGAGAAGCCAGUGCGGGUGAAAUGCUCGGACCUCCGCAGAGAGCAGUUUUAAGAGGCCAGAUUGAGGAGUUCCCGCAGUGGCUCAGCGGAACUGACCCGACUAGUAUCCAUGAGGUUGCGGCUUCGAUCCCUGGCCUCGCUCAGUGGGUGAAGGAUCUGGCGUUGCCCUGAGCCGUGGAGACUCGGUGACCUUUGAAGAUGUGGCUGUGAACUUCACCAAGGAGGAGUGGGCCCUGCUGGACCCUGCGCAGAGGAAACUCUACAGAGAUGUGAUCCUGGAGAACUGCAGGAACCUGGCCUAUGUGGAUUGGGUGACUCAAUGUAAAAGCAAAGGCUCAAUCCUCAGUGGAACAUUCUUGCUAGAGAGACAUUUCAUGAAGCCAACAGAGCUUGUCUGGCAAGCAGCAGCUCCCAGCUCAGUGCAUUAGGAGAAGACUGGACCUGGCAUCAAAAAGAGGUGCCAGGCAAGCAGAGGGGGCAAAAACUGAAGCAAGUUGCAACCACCCAUGAGAAAGAUACAUCUCUAGUGGGAGUCCAUGAAUAUGGUGGGACGAGGGACAGCUCCAAACCUGGCCUGAAGCUCACGCCUUCAAGCAGUGAUCCCAUGAGAAAACAUAGCCUCAAACCUGCCUCAGGUAUUUUGAAACAAGUCCUCACCUUAACCAGUAAUCCAAAAAUCUGUACAAACAAGGAAGGUAACAGAGUCUUGUGGCAAAACAUCCCAUUGAGAACUCAGAUGGAGCCCACAUCAAACACUCAGAUUACUGGUCAGAACAAUGGGCCUCAUUUACGUGAUGAAAUGUACGAGAACACACAUGAAUACAAUCCAUUGCAAGCCUUAGGGGAAGACUGCUCCCUUAGGAUGCUCAGGACUCAGGUGGAAGAGAAAGCUCAUAACUCUCCUUGGUGUGAAAUCAGCCUCGUAAAGAACUCGCUCCAUGCCAUACACAGGCAAUUCUCCACAGCAGAGACAAAUAAUGAGAAUGAUCAAAAUGGGAAAACAUUGGCCCACGUUCCAAACUCAGACUCUCACAGAAGAUCAUCAAUGGGAGGGAAAAGCCACAAAUGUGAUGAUUGUGGGAAAGCCUUUGUGUAUCAAUCAUUCCUUAGGAGGCACAGGGAAAUCCACACGGGAGAGAAGCCCCACGAAUGUAAGAAUUGUGGGAAAGCCUUCAGAUAUUUCUUACACCUUAGUAAACAUUUACAAAACCACAUCAUGAACUUUGAAUGUCAGGAAUGUGGGAAAGCCUUCAGUAAGUCCUCAAAGCUUAAUGAACAUAUCAGGGUUCACACAGGAGAGAAACCCUAUAAAUGUGAGGAGUGUGGAAAAAACUUCAUUAAGUCUGCAAAGCUGAGCGAACAUAAGAGGAUUCACACUGGAGAGAAACCCUACAAAUGUGGGGAAUGCGGGAAAGGCUAUGUUCUUUCUUCAAGACUUAAAAACCACCUGAAGGCUCACAGUGGAGGGAGGCCCUGUGGAUGAAAGAAAUGUGAGGAAAACCUCCUAAAACAUCUUUUAUGUUAUACAAGAGACCACAUUCUGGAGAGAAAUCCUCAUCUUAAUUGAUAAGAGAAAGCCUUGAGUUCUUUCUCUUCACUUACAGGGCACAAAUAAGUAAAAUAGUAGGAGAGAAACAUAGUAAAUACUAUGAUUGCUGCCAUUGUAGUCUCCUUCAGCUGAAAUGGAAACUCAUUAUUUUCCUGUUUUUCUUUUCUAAUAAAAUCCUACUAAUCCCUCUA